AGAGAGAGAGAGUGAGUGAGUGUGGAGCGGAGCAAGAGGCUUGACUUUAGCCACACGCUGACAUGCUUUAAAAAAGAGAGAGAGAGGAGGAGAGCAUUUGGGAGAGGAGAGGAAAGACUGAGAGAGCGAGAGGGAGGAGUGCUCUCUUUUGGACGAGAGAGGGAAUGUGGACAGAAUAGAGGGAGAGACGGACAGGGAGAGGGAGCUACUUAUAGAGACAACAAAAGAGAAAUUGGUGGGGGGUGAGAAAAAAAAGGAAUUACUCGCAAUGGCCACGGAGGAUUCUGCUGGCGGAGCUCGCAAAGCCACCAAGAGUAAACUGUUUGAGUUUCUCGUCCAUGGAGUGCGUCCAGGCAUGACCUCAGGGCCCCGAAUGCCCCAUCAAGGCGCCCCUAUGGGCCCCCCUGGUCCCCCGUUUGGAGGUACAUCCCCGAUCCGGCCAGGGAUGCCUAACCCUGCGAUGGACCCUAACCGGAAACGUCCCACUCCCACCCCUCCCGUGCAGGCUCCCCCUGUUCAGAGCCGGCCUCGAAAGAAACCACUGGGAUUCCCAGGAGCCAGUGAGAUUUCGGCAAGGCAAAUGGACUUGCGAGAGGCCCAGUCAGAGCCGGCAAUUGGAACCAAUGCCAAGAGAAGGAAAAUGGCAGACAAGAUUCUCCCUCAGAGGAUCAGGGAGCUGGUGCCCGAGUCACAGGCGUACAUGGACCUUUUGGCUUUUGAGCGCAAGCUGGACCAAACCAUUAUGAGGAAGCGGGUGGACAUCCAAGAGGCCCUCAAAAGACCCAUGAAGCAAAAACGGAAGCUCCGACUGUACAUCUCCAACACGUUCAACCCUGCAAAGGCUGAUUCUGAGGACUCUGAGGGCAGCAUUGCAUCCUGGGAGCUGCGGGUAGAAGGCAAGCUACUUGAAGAUCCUGGAAAGCAAAAGAGGAAAUUCUCUUCUUUCUUCAAGAGCUUGGUAAUUGAGCUGGAUAAGGACCUGUAUGGCCCUGAUAACCACAUAGUGGAGUGGCAUCGCACUCCCACGACCCAAGAGACGGAUGGCUUUCAGGUAAAGAGGCCAGGAGAUGUGAAUGUGCGGUGCACUCUGCUCCUCAUGUUGGAUUACCAGCCCCCCCAGUUUAAGCUGGACCCCAGACUUGCUCGUCUGCUGGGCAUCCACACACAGACCCGCUCCUGCAUCAUCCAGGCGCUGUGGCAAUACGUAAAGACCAACAAGCUGCAAGACUCCCAUGAAAAGGAAUACAUCAACUGUGACAAAUAUUUCCAGCAGAUCUUUGACUGUCCACGUCUGAAGUUUUGUGAGAUUCCUCAGCGGCUCACCAACUUGCUGCUGCCGCCUGAUCCCAUUGUGAUCAAUCAUGUUAUCAGUGUGGAUCCCAACGAUCACAAAAAGACGGCCUGUUAUGACAUUGACGUUGAAGUGGAUGAUCCUCUAAAAACUCAAAUGAGUGGCUUUCUGCUCUCGACCGCUAAUCAGCAGGAGAUAGCAUCACUGGACAAUAAGAUUCAUGAGACCAUUGAGUCCAUCAACCAGCUGAAGAUCCAGAGAGAUUUCAUGCUCAGUUUCUCCAGAGAUCCAAAGGGCUACAUCCAGGACUGGAUCUGUUCACAGAACCGGGACCUUAAGCUCAUGACAGAUGUGGUGGGGAACCCAGAGGAAGAAAGGAGAGCUGAGUUUUAUAACCAGCCCUGGUCUCAGGAAGCUGUCAGUCGCUACUUUUACUGCAAGAUUCAACAACGAAGACAAGAGCUCGAACAGGCCUUGGCCAUGCGCACAACUUAAAAUCAUUUCCACUUUGGAAAAGAAUUACCAGCCCUUUUGAUUGCCAGUUAAGGAGAAUUUCAAUUUACUGAUGUAUCUCCAGCAUACUGGACACCUUUCUCAGUAUCCUUGAACAUUAUGAAAACCUGUUGAGCAAAUGCCGAAAUGCUAUCUUGUUAUUUAUUGUACAGUUUGUAUAGAUUGUUACAAUUCAGUUUUGAGUUUAUAAAUGCUACCGGAAACAAGACUCUUUGAAUAUGAGGUCAUCUGAAAAUUUCUUAUGCCACAGUUCAGAGAGAGAGGGAGUAAAACAGAUGCUACUCUUUUAACAUCUAUGUGUGACCAAACAUUUUAACGGCUGCACAAAAACAGUGUCCUUUUUGAGUGAAAGGUUUAUACCGUGGGUACGAAUGAUUUCCAGCAUAUUUUGAACCUUUGGACAGUGUGAAAAAGACUGGGCGAGGGGGCGUUUGUUUCGUCAGCGGACUGUUUUUGCUACUGAUAUCAAUGUGAAUAUGUAUUAACAGGUAUUGUAUGUUGCUUUUUAGGUGGGCAUCCCUUGUCUCUACUUCUUAUCUGUCCUGUGUCUGUGAACUGAAGCACUGUGUAAACUUUCAUCUGUCUUCUUAACUAAAUGACUACCAUAACUCCACCAGGCUGGAAUAAAGCAGACUUUUUUUAAUCAAAUACGGAACGUAUCCGUGCUCACAUUUUAGUGCUGCUUUACUCGAAUUUACUCGAUUCAAAUGUGUACAUCAUUUCUACAUGAACAAACAACACUGGUGUUCAAAAGUUUGGAAUCAUAGUUUCAAUAAUACAAAACCUGGCUGCAGAUAAAUGGAUUAAAUGAUUCUAAUAUGGUAGCGCUGUACAAAUUUACAGGUUUCAAAUAAUAAGUAGGACACUAGGAAGCUGUAAAUAAGAAUGAUGAACAUAGGUGUACACAUAGGUGCCACUUAAGUUAGAUUGGUGGGGAGCAUUGAGUCAUUGGCAUCCCCGGAACUAAAGCACAAAACCGGAGAAAAACCAUGGUAAUGAAACUGCACAGAACAGUGCUAAAACAUCCAUGAUAGCAAAAUUGCAUUCAACAACUUGAAAACAGUUGUCAGGAUUUGAAGCAUGCAGGGAUGACUAUGACAAACAGAAAACAGUGUGGUUUUUCGCUCAUAUUUCACUUGGUUCUUUUCCCCAUCCUGUCGUGGCCUGCCAUGUUGGUUAUCUGUGGCAGGCAAAAACUGUCGUACAGCAUGAGGUUUAUCUGACCUUAUUUCACUUUUUAUUGUGUUUUAAAUUAGAAUUUUAUUUUCACUUGAUGCUUUCAUCUUUUGAAUGGAAAAUGUUUCAAGGACACCUGUCUAAUUUGAUUAAUUUCCUGCUAUAUGAUCUGCUGAUAAGUAUCAGCUAUAGUAAAGGUUAGAAAAAACAGGCUAUCUGAACGGACACUCCAAAUUCAAUCAAUAUUUAACUUUUAGUAAAUCCAAUGUAAAUUAAAUGUAUGGCUGUAGAAGAUUGUAAAUUAGAUUAGAAAGCUGUAUAAGAUUGAGAAUGAAGGUAUAAAAUAACCAUACAGAUUUUAUUCUAUUUCCAAAAGUGGAAAUCAAAACUCAAGGCAGAUUGAUAAAAAACUGAACGUAAAUAGAUAAUUGCAAUAUAUAAUUUAUCAUUUUUCCUGUUCACAAAAUAGCAAAUAUUAAAUACAACAUCUAAAAAUACCUUUGGAGAACAGUUUAUUUUUAAAUUUACGCUGUAUAUAAUAAGUAAUUAAUGUAUAUAAAACAAUAAGAAUUAAUGAUGUGGCUGGCCAUUUAAAAUUUUUUUAACUUUUUCUGAAUGAACAGAAAAACGAGUGUCGACGUAAUGCAUUUUAUUCAUGUGGAAAUGACGUAGACAUUUGAAUCAAGUAAAUGCAGUAUAUUUUUCUGUGUAUUUGUUAAUGACUAAGCUUCAGGUUUAGAUUCACUGAAAAUGUUUCUGUUCUGGUUUGUGUUGAGCUCAUGCAGAAAGCAAAGACAGAAGAACAGGAGCUUUAAAGAUGAAUACUUUGCUCUUAUGUCCCAAAACAUUUGUUCUUGUUUCUUCCUGACCAGUGAGUUUAAAUGUUUUAAAGUUAAAGCCAUUUUGUUGGUGGCUUUAAUUGCCAGUGAAACUAAAUAUAGUCAGAUACGUCUGUUUUAGAAACACGACACUGCAUGUUGCAUGAGAACAUACAGGCCUGUUUUAGGAAACAUGUUUAGCAUGAAUCCAUCGAAAAUGUUGCCUUAAAAAGCUCACUGGAGACGCACAUGAGGGGAAAAAGCAUUUACCAAAGUUUUAAGUGUGGGUCAGUCUCUUUUUUGCAUCAUUGUUAUGUAUUUUAUUUGUGGGAGGAGGGGGAGGUCAGAGCAGUUGACCAGCAUUACAUAAAUAUGCAUAGAUUCAGUCAUGAUGGCCUUGAAGGUAGAUGCUUCUAUUGACCCAUUCAGUGAGUCCUCCAUGCAUACAUAAUGUUUGUCAGUGUGGUCUAAAAGGCUGUUUAAGACACCUGAAUAGUUAGAAAUGUAAUGAGUUAUAAUGGGGCUUGGCAUUGAAUCUGAAUCUGGUAAGAAAAUGCUAUGCAUGAAUGCCAGAAAUGAUCAUUCUCACUCUGAAAUGCAUAAUCCUCUAAUUUUUUUCUAAUUCUUCUGCUCUUUAUUUAUGGUAAAUGAAGGUGUCCUGUGGUCUCAUGUUGCAAACAUUUGGUAUCUGUAAAUGAAUAAAUACAUUCAGCUCAUCAGCAAACCAAGGAGUAAUUUAAUUUACCUUUAAUCUUACAAUAUGCACUUUGUGGAAACAGAUUCAAGUAUGUGGUUGCUGCACUUGUUUUCCUGACAUUUGUACUUUUCUGAAUAAUUAAAAUAAUGGUUUUACUUGA